GGGUGGUAAUGCAUCAAACUCACCAUAAGGUGAACUUUCCCGUUGCGCUUGCGCAACAACAGCCUGGCUAUGGAAAUUAACCGGGCAUGAGUGAGAGGGGGAAGGGAGGUUGUGAGGGCUAUUUCCCACCACGUGUCUUGAGAAACGUCGGAGAGAGAGUGUGCCUAACCCCACCAAUUGAGAGAGAAGUCGCUUGCGGAGGAGUCGUCCUGUUGCCCCCCCUAUCAGUUGCAAUUCGGGUACACAUGAAAUAGUCCCUUCCCCCUCCACUGCCCUGGACUAUACCGCCAGACAUGGAACACUUCUUGUACUUGUACAUUUAGUAGACCAUGUCGAAAAGUGUUGUAUACCAUGUGCCCAGCUCUUCUCUGGUUAUCCAGUGAAAAUAGUAGCUAGCCCCGCUAUCAUCCCCGAUAGCGGGGAGCACAUGCAACACACGCGCUCCCUGGAGAUCCUUCGCGGUGAAAUCAAAGCGUAUAAUCGUGCAUUUCACCCCUCAUCGUUGCGACCUCCGGAAAAAAUUUUUUGUCAAAAAAUGUUUAAAAAUUUUUUUUUUCUAACAUAAGUUCUGUUUCUAAUUAAUUACAAUACAAUAUUUGCAUGAUAAUUUUACGAUUUUAUACUUGUGUUAAUCAAAAAAAUCUAUUGAUAAACUUUAUCACAACGAUAAUAUUGAUAACUAAUCAUAUAAUUUAUUAAAACAAUACAAAUUACAAACAGACGUGUACGGGGUUAUCUGUUAUUGUCGGCGAGUAUAUAUCCCAUAUUAUUAUAGGUACUAGGUAUUCAAUUAAAAACGUUGGAGAUAAGAUAAGCAAGUAUGGAACUCGACUUCGUUCUUUACUCACAUUACACGUUCGUUUUAGUUUAUACCAACAAUAAUAUUAGAUAAUGAAUAGAGUUUGCCCGUUCGAUUCAGCAGUCAGCACUCACAGCAGUAUGACGUUAAGUCAUAAUACCGGAAGUACAUUGAGGUGUUGUUAUUACAAGGUACAUUAAACUAUUUAAUUUGGAUAGUAGAGCUUGUUGUAGUUUUCGUAGAAUCAACAAAAAAAUAUACAUUAUUGUCAUUAAAAUGCGGUUAAGUACACAGAGUAUUCAUGGUGGUACGACCAAACGCAUCACAAAACUACUGAUAGCAAAUCGUGGAGAAAUCGCUUGUCGAAUCAUAAAAACAGCUCGACGUUUACAAAUUGAAACUGUUGCUGUAUACAGUGAUGUCGACAAACAUUCCAUGCACGUUGCUAUGGCUGACCAUGCAGUAUGUGUCGGUCCAGCUCCGAGUGCACACAGUUAUUUGCUCAAAGACCGUAUUAUCAACGCUGCAAUUAAAACAAACAGCCAGGCCAUUCACCCGGGUUAUGGAUUCCUAUCGGAGAACGCUUCUUUUGCCCAGUAUUGUCUCAAUAGCAAUCUAACAUUCAUCGGUCCUCCACCAAAUGCAAUCGAAAGUAUGGGUAUUAAAAGCAAAUCCAAAGAUAUUAUGUCUCAGGCUGGUGUACCCGUCAUUGAAGGCUACCAUGGUAAAGAACAAGAUUCAGAUUUUCUUCAGAGUGAAGCAAAUAAAAUAGGUUACCCAGUUAUGAUUAAGGCAAUCAAAGGCGGAGGGGGUAAAGGCAUGAAAAUAGUAUUAAAAGAAUCAGAGUUUUUUGAAAGUUUAUUGUCAGCUCGGAGAGAGUCUUUGAGUUCGUUUGGUGACGAUUCAGUGUUGAUCGAAAAAUAUAUACAGCAGCCUAGACACGUAGAAGUACAAGUCUUUGCCGAUCAGCACGGCAAUUGUGUUUACUUAUUUGAACGAGAUUGCAGUGUGCAGAGGCGUCAUCAAAAAGUGUUGGAAGAAGCGCCUGCUCCUGGUUUGAGUGAGAGUUUAAGAAAACACCUCGGAGAAACUGCGGUUUGUGCAGCAAAAGCAGUCGGUUAUGAAGGAGCGGGUACGGUGGAAUUUAUAUUUGACAGUGCAACUAAUAUGUUUUAUUUUAUGGAAAUGAACACGAGACUUCAAGUAGAACAUCCCGUUACGGAAAUGAUCACUGGAGUAGAUUUAGUCGAAUGGCAAAUUAAAGUGGCCGAAGGUAACAAAUUACCUUUGAAACAAGAAGAAAUACAAUUAAACGGGCACUCUCUUCAGGCUCGUAUAUAUGCAGAAGAACCGUUCAACAAUUUUUUACCUGCAGCAGGCAACUUGCGAUAUUUGAAUUACCCUUUGACUUCGAAUGAUGUACGUGUAGAAACCGGUGUAAGGCAAGGAGACGAAGUAUCUGUGCAUUAUGACCCUAUGAUCGCAAAAUUAGUCGUUUGGAGUGAAAAUCGUGAAGAUGCAUUUGCCAAACUUAAGAGCAAUUUGUCCGACUUUAAUAUUGGUGGACUAUCGACAAACAUUCAAUUUUUAAUUUCAUUAUGCAAACAUGACGAACUGUUAAAAGGAAAUGUCCACACGGGUUUCAUUGAAGAACAUAAAAGUGUUCUUUUGGCUAAAACUGCUCCAAAAUCUGAAUUAGUUUCACAAGCAAUUAUCGCAUUGAUACUACACGAAGAAAAUGAAAUGAUUACUAAAAACAUAAAAUCAAAGGAUCCUUGUUCACCGUUUGCGACGCUCACUGGUUUCCGAGUAAAUCAUAAUUUUAUUAGAAAUAUCAAACUUUCACACAAUUUAAGUGGAGAAACGUAUGACUGCACUGUCGAAUAUGAUAGUGUUGGUUCAAAUGAACCGACAUUCAAAAUGAACAUCAAAAACAAAAACGCGAAAGAGGUGUCAACAGUUAGUGGUAAUUUGGAUUUGUCGCAACUCAACAAGACACUUUUGACAUGUGUAUUAGAUAAUAUUGUUUAUAAAUGUAAUGUUGCAUUUGUUGACAGCUCGAUACAUAUGUUUAAUAAGGAUGGACUAUAUGAUUUUACUGUAAUUUUGCCAUUUAACGAAAAUUCAAUUGAGGCUAAUGAACAAGAUUUGAGCAAUAGUUCACUUAUUUUAGCUCCGACUCAAGCAACUGUAGAAAGAAUUAACAUAGGAAUAGGUGAUUUAGUACGAGUUGGUGACCCAAUAGUUGUGUUAACAGCUAUGAAAAUGGAACAUGUUAUCAAGGCACAAAUCGAAGCGACCGUUGAGGAGAUAUUACGAAAAAAAGGUGAUAGUGUCAGGAAAGGAGAGCUAUUGGUGAAACUUGCACCCAGAAAUUAAAUAGAUAUAUGUUUUUAUAUUUAUUUGUAAAGUAGCAGUCAAAUGUAUUUUAUUAUUACUAGUAACUGCUGUUGUUUUUGAAAAUAGAUUGUCUUACGUUUCACGACUUAUAAAUGUUUCAAAAUACUACCGCCCAUUUUAAUUCAUAUUCUUCUUAGGUCAUAGGUAUAAAUUUAUAAAAAUCUUCAUUAAAUAUAAUAAAAGGCUUUA